GCCCACCCCGGACUGUCGUGUUUCCGUGGCCGGCAGGUGGACGGACGGAGAGACAGACAGACAGACAGUGGUCAAGGCGCGAUGGCAGCGGAGACGGAGCUGAUCCGGGUGCUAGUGGAAUGCACCCUGGCCAUCAUUAAACCCGACGCCAUUCACAAGUACCUGGAGAUCGAGGAGAUCAUCCUGCAAUCCGGCUUCCUCAUCGUCCAGCGGAGGAAGCUGCACCUCAGCCCCGAGUUGGCCAGCGAGUUCUACAGCCAGCAGAGCGGUCAGCUCUCCUUCCCCAGCCUGACCGCCCAUCUCUGCUCCGCGCCGCUGGUCGCCCUCCUCCUGGCCCGCAACUCCGCCGUGCAGCGCUGGAGAGAACUACUGGGACCUGUGGACAGUCAGCGCGCCCGGGAGACCCACCCGAGGAGUCUCAGGGCGAUCUAUGGGACGGACAAGAUCAGGAACGCGCUGCACGGCAGCGAUUGCUUCACUGCGGCCGAGCGAGAAAUCUCCUUCAUCUUCCCCAACACCACUAUCGAGCCGUUCCCCAGUAGACAGGCGGCUGAGAACUAUCUGAGCAAGUACGUUAAUCCCACCUUGCUGAAGGCGCUGACCCAGCUGUGUAAACUCAAGCCCACCAACCCUGUGAUCUGGUUGGCCGACUGGCUGUUUGCCAACAACCCCAACCGGCCGUCCGUGCAGGAGGGCAUCGUGGAGAUACCGUCCGAGUGCGGCUACUGACCAGGAUGCCCGGAGACCGCUGGCUGCACCCACACACCCUGACAUUACCUUACUUACAUUAAACCACUUGUUGUUGA